AUUCAUAAACCAUACGUGGCAUGUAAAAGGAAAAAAAGAGUUCUUGCAUGCUUCAGUGUUUAAUCAAAAUGGAGUUAGGGAAGAAGGGUCUGGUCUUAAAGCUUAUGGGGCUUCUGUUAUUGGAACUCCUCUGCCUGUGUUUAGGGGAAACCUACCAUUUUAAUUGGAAUGUCACCAAAGCUUCAUACACCAGACUGAAUAGCACCAAGGAAAUAUUGACUGUAAAUGGGCUAUUUCCUGGGCCAGCUUUGCAUGUCCGCAGAGGAGAUAGGGUGUUUAUUAAUGUUGUCAACCAUGGAACCUAUAAUAUCACCCUUCAUUGGCAUGGAGUGAAACAGCCUAGGAAUCCAUGGUCGGAUGGUCCAGAGUACAUCACCCAGUGCCCACUCCAAGCAGGGGCAAACUUCACAUAUGAGAUAAACUUCACCACAGAGGAAGGAACCAUUUGGUGGCACGCUCAUAGUGACUGGUCAAGAGCCACAGUCCAUGGCCCCAUCUUUGUUUAUCCCAAGCGUGGAGCUUCCUACCCUUUCCCCAAGCCCUACUCUGAAGUCCCCAUUAUUCUUGGAAACUGGUACAAAGGAGAUGUGAUGAAGAUAAUUGAAACAGCACUUGCGCUUGGAGGAGAACCAAACACCUCAGAUGCUCAUACCAUAAAUGGUCAACCAGGAGAUCUCUCUCCAGCCUCCAAAUCAGGAACUUUCAAGAUGGUGGUGCAGAAAGGCAAAACUUAUCUUCUUCGCAUCAUUAAUGCAGGGAUGAAUGAGGAAAUGUUCUUCGCUGUAGCCAAUCAUUCACUUACAGUCGUUGGAUCAGAUGGCAGCUACCUUAAGCCCAUAACAACAGAUUAUAUAAUGAUAACCCCAGGCCAAACCAUGGAUUGCCUCUUGAAAGCUGGUCAAAGCCUUAGUCACUAUUACAUGGCCGCUAAAGCUUAUUCCGAUGGAGAAGGUGUUGCCUAUGAUAACUCCACAGCCACAGCAAUUAUACAAUACAAAGGCACCUACACCCCUCCAUCAACUCCCUUUUUCCCAACCCUUCCUGACUAUAAUGACACUGAUGCAGCAACUAACUACACUAAACGCCUUAGAAGCUUAGCCAGUACAGACCAUCCAGUUGAUGUCCCUCAAUCUUUUGAUCUCAGAAUCUACACAACCAUCUCUAUGAACACAUUGCCUUGUGCCAAUAACUCAUGUGAAGGACCUAAUGGGUCAAGACUCUCUGCAAGCAUGAACAACAUUAGUUUUAGAAACCCAUCAAUUGAUAUACUUCAGGCUUAUUAUAAGAGGAUUAAAGGGGUUUAUAAAACUGGUUUUCCUAAUGAACCACCUAACUAUUUCAACUUCACAGCAGAUCAGUUUCCAUCUAAUCUUUCAACACCGAUGGUGGGUACUAAGGUGAAGGUGGUAGACUUCAACUCAACUGUGGAGAUUGUGUUCCAAGGGACUAACUUGUUUUCAGGGGAGAACCAUCCAAUGCACCUCCAUGGAUAUAGCUUUUAUUGGGUUGGAUGGGGUUUUGGAAACUUUAACAAGACCACAGAUCCCAAAAACUAUAACUUGGUUAAUCCCCCUGAAAUCAAUACUGUGGGAGUCCCUAAGAAAGGAUGGUCUGCCAUUAGAUUCCGAGCAAACAACCCUGGAGUGUGGUUCGUGCAUUGUCAUUUGGAGCGUCACACUAGCUGGGGUAUGAACACAGUAUUAAUAGUGAAGAAUGGUAAAAGCAGACCAACAAGUAUGCGAAGAAAACCUCGAUAUGUGCCUCCAUGUUGAGGCAUACCAUUUAAGAGUUGGCUGUAGACGUACGUCGGUAUUGGACACAAGGAUUUGCUCAGUUUUUAGUAUUUUUAAGCGUGAGAUGUGAAAUUGUUAAUUGGUGAUUUGUUGUAAAGUCGCUGCAUCCUCCUAAGAGGAACUAGGCGCUACUAGGGUUUGUAUGCGUAUGUGAUGCUGCAGUUCCUUCCCCAAGUCCCCAACCCACCAUUCUACCCUAUUUGUUUGGUUCAAUAAAGUGAAGGUUGGAUUAAAA